CCCGAUAACAGAUGUGGAUUAGCUGAGAUUUGUUUUCUGUUGCAGGAGGCAGGAUUGAAGGCGCUGGGAGCAGACGGACUCUUUUUCUUCUCAUCCCUAGAUACCGAUCAUGACCUCUAUCUCAGUCCAGAGGAAUUCAAACCUAUUGCAGAAAAACUCACAGGUGUGGCACCUCCCCCAGAGUUUGAAGAGGAGAUACCACAUGAUCCGAAUGGAGAGACGCUGACCCUGCAUGCUAAAAUGCAGCCGUUACUACUGGAAAGCAUGACUAAGAGCAAAGAUGGCUUUCUAGGGGUUUCACACAGCUCUCUUAGUGGGCUGAGAUCUUGGAAACGUCCAGCUGUUCCUUCAUCCACGUUUUAUGCCAGUCAGUUCAAGGUCUUCCUGCCACCCAGUGGUAAAUCGGCCCUGGGUGACACUUGGUGGAUCAUUCCCAGCGAACUGAACAUCUUCACCGGCUACCUUCCCAACAACCGCUAUCAUCCUCCCACACCACGAGGCAAAGAGGUACUGAUCCACUCUCUGCUGAGUAUGUUCCACCCGCGGCCUUUUGUGAAAUCCCGCUUUGCUCCACAGGGGGCUGUGGCUUGUAUACGGGCUGCUAGUGAUUUCUAUUAUGACCUUGUUUUCAGAAUCCAUGCUGAGUUCCAGCUAAAUGAUGUUCCAGGCUUUCCAUUCUGGUUCACUCCUGGGCAGAUUGCUGGUAACAUCAUCCUCUCCAAAGAUGCUUCUCAC